UUAGAACGGCGAUGCCAGCUGGUGUCCGCACUGUUGCUGGGUGAUGGAGGGUAUGUGAAAGAUUAAUUGAAUUUUGUAAUAAUUAUUUGGAUGUGAGCGAAUAUAUGCUGUGACCCGAACUGGGAAUCCAGGGCGAAGAAGAAUCUGCCAUCGAGAAACUCCACGUUUCCAAGGUAAUUACGAACACAGCAAAGCGUGUUUCUUUGUUCGCCACUGCGACUGGGAAAUUGAAAUGACAGACUGCUGAGUGUUUAUUCCCAAGCAAAGUCAUGUCAGCGGACGAUACCACAUCCAGUCAGAAGGUGGACACCGCCAGUGUCGGUACGUCCUCCAUCAACGCUCGCGAUGUCAGUGGAAGUACAGCUAAUCUUGUGCACAGUUCCAACUCAGUUCCGACAGACUAUGACUAUGGUGAAUGGAUAACUGGAAUGGAAAUGGAGGGCCGGAUAUCUCCAGCAAGAAGGUUCUUCUGCCUGCUAGUGACAUUUGAUGUGCUCUUGUGCUGUAUCUUCUGGUUGGUCUGUGUAGUUUUAAGUGGGAAGAAUGUGUUUGCCGAACUUGAGGACCAGGUCGUGCACUAUUCUGUUGAGACAUCUUUGUUUGAUGUGGUCUCAGCAGCAUUCAUCCGCUUCAUGCUUCUGAUCGUGGUGUAUGUGAUCAUAAGGAUGGACCACUGGUGGAUGAUAGCUCUCACCACAGCUGCCUCAUGUAUUGCAACUCUAUUCAAGAUUCUGUAUUACCAGUGGCAGUCUGCUUCAGCAUCAAAUACUUUCCAAGUGACACUUAUAGUGUCAUUCUUCAUCUUAGCAUGGCUGGAAGUCUGGCUGUACGAUCACAGAGUGAUACCUCAGGAGACAAGAGCAAGGCUGAUGCUACAGAGGAGAGCUGGCUACACCAACCAGAGGACACCACUGGUGGGUCACCAGCACCAGCACGUCAGGGACUACCUGUCGACAUGCACGGGCAGCGUGUCCAACUUCUACUCGCCGAUGGGCUCGCCGCAGGGCUCGGAUGAUGAGGAUGAAGAGGGCGCCGGGCCGCGCUCCCGGCUGAGUGAGGAGGACCGCGCGCUGCGGCAGCAGGCCGAGGAGAACUGCCGGCGCGCGCUGGACCUGCUCAACUCCUCCGACUGGAAACAGGAGGAGGAGUUUGACGACGACGACAUCCUCUUCUCGCGCCGCGUCGGCUCGCACACGCUCUUCAUGUUCACGUGCACGGUGGCGUGCCCGACGGAGACGUUCGCCAACGAGCUGAUCCACAACUGCGACCACUGUCCCGAGUGGAACGGCUCGCUGACCUCGUGCCGCCAGCUGCAGCGCAUCGACGGGCAGUGCGAGGUGCGCUACCAGCAGACGGGACCGUUCCUGGGCGGCAUGGUGUCACCCCGCGACUUCAUCAACCUGCGCCUGGCCGGCCGCAAGGGACUCAUGUUCUUCAGCUCGGUGGUGUCGAUAGCGCACCGCGACGACCCGCGGCCCUCUGACAUGGUGCGCGCCGUCAACCGACCGACCAUCAUCACCAUCCGGCCCUGCGUGCGCCGGCCGCGCCACUGCGUCGUCGAGUGGCUGAUGAACUUCGACUGUCGCGUGGGUAUGGUGCCGCGCCGGAUGACCGACCGAGGCACGCGCCAGGCGGCCCGCAACCUGCACUCCUACCUCCGGCAGCUGGGCCGUCGGCUGGCCGCCGCUGAGGUUUGAGAAGAGCCUGCUGAAGUGUAUGGUGCUGUAGGUGAAGUAUGAGACUGUCACUGAAGUGCAAGGUGUGAUCGCCGAAAAGUGAGCCACCACCAAGGUAUGAGGUGGCCAUGGGAUGCGAGACGUCGACACCGAAGUGGGAGGUGCUGUUGCCGUGGCGUGAGGUGCCGCCGCAGGCCUGGGUGCGUUAUACUUCUCAGUGGUCACCAUGGUUUGGCUUCAGUUACGGAUUGUGCUGUGGUGCGGCCGCUGCUCGCUGGUAAGCGCUCGCGGCUAUCUCGGGGUCGUGUCAGAGGCUGCUGGUUCUUGUUGGAUCAUUUGCUGACGUAGGUUUGUGACCGGUUUUUUCUGGAGACCUCGCUCGGUGUGACGGCGGCAGACCAAGAGCCAGACGUGGUUUGGGGUUGUCGAUGGAUGAGUACCUGAUAGCUAUCCAGACGGUCGGGUCAGUAUCAAGGAUGUCGGCUCGAAGAGCAGUGUUCAUUCCUGAAAGAGGCUUCCUAGUUUUUGAAACGUUUGGCGCCUUCCAUGGCGAUUGACUAGAUAUUGAACGUUGUCUCAUACUGUGAUUUGAACAUGCUUUCAGGUCAAUGAGAAUAUCAGUUUGGCCGCCAAACUUCGAGUUAACUAGACGUGUAUAGCUAGAGCAUGACAUGUAUUUGUAUACAACCUUACUCGGCAGACCGAUUUAUUUAUCUUAUAUGCUACGACGUGUUUUCUUAGCAUUGUUUGGUAACUGUACAUUUUGUGUUGCCUUGCACUGACAUUAUACGCUCAUGAAUAUACCAAUCAAUCUU